GGAGCGUGUAGCGAGCGGUUGUCCCUGUAACCCGCGGUGUUAUUUUCAUUCGCAUUAAAAAUCAAAGACACGUUUUUCCAUAACAAAGAUGCGAACUCUAUGAAACCACGUGUGUUCCCCUUAUAUAGCUUAUCGGUCUCUGGAUAUAUUGAUAUAUAGUGUGUGCUCUUGUGUGUACAUAUGUGAAAUAAGUGAACAAAAAACAACAACAGCACAAAAAAACCAUGUGGACUGAACCCAACUGAACUGUAUUCGAAGCUCCACGCUGGCACAGACCCAAAGCUGAUAAAAAAAUAUACAAAAACCACAAGUAAAAGUAAAGUUAAACCAAGAUAAAAUCAAGUAAAUCAACAGCUAAAGAUCGUUAAAGUGAGAAUCCUAAAGGAAGAAACCUCAAGGAAGAAAGGAUCAAAUCAAAUAUCCACAAAAAGUGUCAAUUAUCAAAGUUUCAAGCAAUGAACCCAACUGAAAACCUUUAAAAACAAAUAACAAAUAUACAAAUUAAAAGAAAUAACAAAUCUAAGAUCUAUAAAAUCCUUCACAAAAAUAUGGCUCGCGUUCAGGCCAGUGACUCCCUGAUUCCCCGCCAGGUCUUUGAGGUUCCGCCGGCGGAACCCAAUAAUUCCACGGCGGAUAGUGGCAGCCAGGGUUCCGGUGUCAAGCUGAAGAAGCAAAUUGGUCUUCUGGAUGGAGUGGCCAUCAUUGUUGGCGUCAUCGUCGGCUCCGGCAUCUUUGUCAGUCCCAAGGGUGUACUCAAAUUCUCUGGAUCCAUUGGACAAUCGCUCAUCGUUUGGGUUCUCUGCGGUGUCCUCAGCAUGGUGGGCGCCCUAUGUUACGCGGAAUUGGGCACAAUGAUCCCAAAAUCGGGAGGAGAUUAUGCCUAUAUUGGCAUUGCAUUUGGACCUCUCCCCGCAUUUCUCUAUCUGUGGGUGGCCCUUUUAAUUUUGGUGCCCACGGGUAAUGCCAUCACUGCCCUAACCUUUGCCCAGUAUCUGCUGAAACCCUUCUGGCCCUCCUGCGAGGCGCCCAUUGAAGCUGUUCAGCUACUGGCUGCUGCCAUGAUAUGUGUGCUGACCGUUAUCAAUUGCUAUAAUGUCAAGUGGGUGACACGUGUGACGGACAUUUUCACCGGCACCAAAGUGGUUGCCUUACUGGUGAUUGUCGGCGCCGGUGUCUGGUGGCUGCUGGAUGGAAAUACAGAGCACUGGAAUAAACCCUUUGCUGGAAGUCUGCAGACACCUGGCUUUAUUGCCUUGGCCUUUUACAGUGGCCUCUUUUCGUACUCCGGUUGGAACUACCUGAACUUUGUGACCGAGGAGCUAAAGGAUCCCUACCGAAAUCUGCCCAAAGCUAUUUGCAUUUCAAUGCCUGUUGUUACGAUCAUUUAUAUGAUCACAAAUAUCGCCUACUUUUCGGUGCUGUCGCCGGAUGAGAUUCUGUCAUCGGAUGCUGUUGCUGUGACCUUUGGCGACAAGAUGCUGGGCUAUCUGUCCUGGAUAAUGCCCUUUGCCGUGGCCUGCUCUACCUUUGGAUCGCUAAAUGGUGCGAUCUUUGCCUCCUCACGAUUGUUUUUCGUGGGAGCAAGAAAUGGACAUCUGCCGGCGGCCAUUUCGCUAAUCAAUGUCAACUGCCUGACGCCGGUGCCUUCGCUGAUAUUCCUGGGCGUGAUAACACUGCUCCUGCUGUUCAUCAAGGAUACCUACGUACUGAUCAAUUAUGUGAGCUAUGUGGAGGCCCUGUUCACACUCAUCUCGGUGUCCGGUUUGCUGUGGCUUCGCUACAAACAGCCCAAGACGGAGAGACCCAUCAAGGUUAGCCUGGCACUGCCCAUUAUCUACCUGAUCGUCUGCCUGUUCCUGGUGAUCUCCUCCUGCUCGCAGUCCCCAUACGAAGUGGGUGUGGGCACAAUCAUCAUCCUAUCCGGCAUUCCAGUCUACUAUCUGACCAUCCACAAUCCGGUCAAGUGGCUGGCGGACACCUCGCAGGCAAUCAAUCUGUGGUGUUCCAAGUUCUUCAUCUGUAUGCCCAACCAGGAGAAAUUCGACUAGGACUCAACAAAGAGAGAAAGAGAGGAGUGCCUUCUGCGAAUGGUUCGAUCAAGGGGAUUGCCUUGUAGUUAGUCUAAGUCUCAAUUAACGAAUAAGAUAGGUUAAGCAAAUGAAAAUUCAGAAAAAACCUACGCACAACAUUACAAAAAAGUGUUAUUGUAAAUAACUCAAAUGCAUUCUAUUAACUAUUAUUAUUAUUAAUAUUUGCUCUUAUUUUACAAACUAUUGUAUAUUUCACCCAAGAAAGAAGUUCCUCGUCAGCACUCAGCAAACAAAAGAAGAGAAGAAGAUACACACAUGUCUAGUAUACAAAAAGCGAACCAAUUUUUACACAUUAUACACGUAACUAGGAGCUAAUUAAUUAUUAAUAAUUA